AGAUCAGCCAUGCCUCUCCUCUUUUUGUUACAGCUUCUUCCAUCCCCCCAUCAUCGACCUACGUGACCACCACGUCCUCUAAUCUCAUUCUCUCUGUACCAGGCCACACACAGACAAUUUCCCAGGAGGAAAUUUUGCAAUCAACAUCAAAUCCCUCCACCCCUCAACCCUUGCGCAUGGUUGAGCACAUCCUCAUUCCAGCCAGCAUUGUGGUCCUUUUUUUGCUUGCAGUGGCUGCUGGUGUUCUAGUAAUACUCUCCAGAAGGAAGAAGGCCACAUCCAUGCUUCAUCCAGCUCUUUCUGGAGCAGCCAUAGAGAUGGACAGGACUUGCAGCAUGUCACCUACAGGAGCAGAAGCCUUGAACUAUGCAGACCUUACCCACGGCCCGGCUGAGAGCCAGUACAGCAAUGCUGAGGAUUUGCACCGCCUGGAAAGCCUCCCAGUGGAGUACACAGAGGUCAGGCAGAGUGCUCAGCUUUCGGAAGAGGAAAAAGAGAUGUUAUAUGCCAAAGUGCAGAAGCCCAAGCCACAGCAGGAGCAGAUCUACACCAACAUGCCAUCAGCUCCACGGCCCAGUGGAGAGCUCUACGGCACAGUGUGGGGUAGAUGAGCAAGCACCCAGCCCCAUGGGCUGCUCCUGCUGCUGGCAGCACCAGCGAGAUUUGCACAGAGGACAUGGGGUUGAUGUUCUGCUCAGGUAGGAGCCAGCUCGAUAGCAGAGCUGCUGCUCUCCAAGGUUUGGAUGUUUCUUUGAGGCAACAUCAGAGAGGAUGAGGUUGUGUGGAGGCACAGAGAGGGUUGAAGAUAAA